AUGUCGCCUGAGACGUGCAACAAGCCUGAGCAAAUCGAAAUUCAGUGCACACAGUGCAAUAACCCAGCAUUUCUCAAAAUUAUGCGUGUAGACACACCCGGCCAAUCCGCACAGAUACUCAGCACGUACACAUGCUCAACGUGCAACAUCCAGGACAAUACAAUUCUACCGUACGAGGACAAGAAUGCCAAGGGAGGCAUCAAGAUAAUAUGCAAGUUCACAAACAAGGACGAUUUGAAGCGAUAUGUGUGCGUAUUUCAGAACGCUGUGCUCAAAUUCCAGAAGGACGAGUUUGUGUACGAGUAUUCGUCAUCGACGGACGUGACCACGGUGGCUGAAAUUGUGCUCAGAAAUGCAAUCGAUGAGAUUGCAGAGAUGUGGAACGUGAAGAGAAAGAGCACAGGAUCUGUAUUCGACCUGAAACAGGAGCUGAGUGCCUCUAAUUCGAGCAUGUCGCUUUCAGGAUCGGUUACGUCUUUGGAGAGUAUCCAGGAUGUGGAUAGUGCGAAAUAUGCGAUUGAAAUGCUGCAGGACAUGGUGAGUAACAGCGGGUUUGAGAUGGAGUUGUGCGACCCGUCAGGCUUUUCGAGGGUAGCACCCGUUAAUAAAAUGCUUGGUGAGUGCGUAUUCGAUGAUUUGGAUACGUUUAACGACGAGAAGGUCAGGCACGAAUGGAUAGGUUAAAAUUAAAGGUUUGUUGGACGAA